GAGGCUGGCCUAUGUUGAGCAUUUUUAAAGCCCCCGCCUCCGACCACCCAUCCCUCCCACGCACCCACCCACUUCUCUCACAGCACAAAUUCUAAAACCUGAGCAUUUACCGCAAAAUUCCCUGCUGGAAGCACAGGUGUGAGACACACGAGAGGAAGUGCAAUGAAAGGCGACGCUGCCAAAGCGGGCCUUCAGAAUGGCGCCACCAUCCAAGCCCUGGACCCGCUGCCUGCCUCAGAGGAGAAGAUGGAAGAGAGGGGACAGUGGAGCAACAAGGUGGAGUUCAUCCUCUCCGUUGCCGGAUCCAUCAUCGGCCUGGGAAAUAUGUGGCGUUUCCCGUACCUCUGCUACAAAAACGGAGGCGGGGCCUUCCUCAUCCCAUAUCUCAUCUUCCUGUUUGCCUGCGGCGUUCCUGUCUUCUUCCUGGAGACGGCGUUGGGGCAGUACACCAGCGAGGGAGGGAUAACCUGCUGGAGAAAGAUCAGCCCCUUGUUUGAAGGUCUUGGCUACGGCACACAAGUGAUUGUGACUUUGCUGAACUUCUACUAUAUUGUGGUCCUGGCUUGGGGGAUGUUCUAUCUCUCCUUCUCCUUCUCCUGGGAUCUACCUUGGUCUUCCUGCAACAACUCAUGGAACACAGAAAACUGUUUGGAGUUUCAGCGGAGAAACACCUCUACCAACCAAACAAUCUUCUCUAAUGCCACCUCUCCCGUCAUGGAGUUCUGGGAGAGACGAGCGCUGAGGAUCUCGCCGGGCAUCGACCAUAUGGGCUCGCUCAACUGGGAUCUGGCUGUGUGUCUGUUCAUCGCAUGGGUCAUGUGCUACUUCUGCAUCUGGAAGGGGGUGAAGUCCACAGGAAAGGUUGUCUAUUUCACUGCAACCUUCCCAUAUUUGAUGCUUAUUGUGCUGCUGGUGCGAGGGCUCACUCUGCCUGGUGCAGGGAUCGGCAUCCAGUUUUACCUCUAUCCUGAUUUGGGACGCCUGUCAGACCCACAGGUAUGGAUGGAUGCUGGGACCCAGAUCUUCUUCUCCUAUGCUAUUUGCUUAGGGUCGCUCACAGCGCUGGGCAGCUACAACCGAUACAACAACAACUGCUACAGGGAUUGCCUGUCGCUUUGCUUUCUGAACAGUGGCACCAGCUUUGUAGCCGGAUUUGCCAUCUUCUCCAUUCUGGGUUUCAUGUCUUAUGAACAGAAUGUUCCCAUCUCAGAGGUGGCCGAGUCAGGUCCUGGUCUAGCUUUCAUUGCUUAUCCUCGCGCCGUGUCCAUGAUGCCCUUCUCGCCUCUAUGGGCCGCUCUUUUCUUCAUCAUGAUUGUUUUCUUAGGGCUGGACAGUCAGUUUGUAUGUGUGGAGAGCCUCGUGACCGCCAUCGUCGACAUGUACCCUGCCGUGUUCCGCCGUAAGAACCGCAGGGAGCUCUUCCUCCUGGGUGUGGUCUUCAUCUCCUUCCUAGUGGGCCUCGUCAUGCUCAUGGAGGGUGGCAUGUACGUCUUCCAGCUGUUCGAUUACUAUGCCGCCAGUGGCAUGUGUCUUCUUUUCAUGGGCCUCUUUGAGACCGUCUGCAUUGCUUGGGUCUACGGUGCUGAUCGCUUUUAUGACAACAUCGAAGACAUGAUCGGCUACCGUCCCGGCCCUUAUAUUAAAUACUGCUGGUUGUUCUUCACCCCAGCGACCUGCAUUGGUACAUUUGCAUUCUCCCUUAUUAAAUACACUCCCCUAAAAUACAACAAUGAGUAUGUGUACCCAUGGUGGGGCUAUGUGAUUGGCUGGCUGCUAGCUCUCUCCUCCAUGGUUUGCAUCCCUCUUUGGAUGGCGUACAAGAUCAGUACCACACAAGGAACAUUCAGAGAGCGCAUCCGGCUGCUCAUCACACCAUCAGAGGAUUUGCCCAAAACAAAGAGGGAGCAGGAGAGGUUGCUGGCCAUUUUUGCUCCAGAGGAAGAAACCGUCAGGAAUAAAAUUGGCUACCAUCCUGUUUUGGAGCAAGACUCCAACUUAUGAGGUAGCAGAAUUCCAAUAUGCACUUCUUGGAAGGUUUUAAUAUGACCCAGAAGCCAUAUUUGUAUCAUAUUAUUGUGCUAUCAUGAGUGAUUGUUGUAUUUACGCAAUAAAAUUUAUUUUUAUUUUAAGGUGAACUAUUUGACAAAAUAUGCAAUAUUACUGCUCUAGU